CAAAUAACAAAAACAACAUCUAUUUUUCCUUUUCUCUCUCUCUCCCUCCCUUCUCUUUUUCUCCAAAAAAGUUAAAACAAUAUAAAAUGGAUACGCCUAGAAAGUUCCGUAUUAAAUCACCAUGUUCCACCGCUAAUAUCGGCCCUGGAUUCGAUGUAUUGGGUAUUUCCCUUUCAUUAUACUUGACCAUUGAUGUAGAAGUGCUUAAGGAAGGCAAGGCCUUUGAGAUGACUUAUUCAGGAGAAGGCGCCAAAGAUGUGCCUUUGACACCCGAACAAAAUUUGAUCACCAAGACAGCUCUCUACGUUCUCUCAGCCAAUGGCAUCUCCACCCUUCCUCAACCUCUCAAGAUCCAUGUCGAUAACCCCAUCCCUCUUGGCCGUGGUCUUGGCUCUUCCGGAGCUGCUGUCGUCGGUGGUGUUCUUUUGGGUAAUGCCUUGGGUCAGUUGAAGCUUAGUAGAGAUAGAUUAUUAGAUUACUGUUUAAUGAUUGAGCGUCAUCCCGAUAACGUGGCUGCUGCAUUAAUGGGUGGAUUUGUCGCUUCUUACUUGCGUGAAUUAGAUCCCAAGGAUAUGGAAGGUGUACCUGCAUCCGAAUCUUUGUUAGAAAUUGCUUUAUCCCAACAAGUGCCUCAACCACCUCUCGGUAUUGGACAUUAUGUCAAUUUAGGUUGGGCUAAGGAGAUCAAGUGUAUUGCUAUUGUUCCUCAAUUCCAAGUGGCCACAGCAAAAGCUAGAGCUGUACUCCCCACACAAUACGAGAGACAAGACGUUGUGUUUAAUUUCCAAAGAUUAGCCGUGUUGACCACUGCUUUGGGCCAAUCGCCUCCUAACGCUGAAUUGAUCUACAAUGCUAUGCAAGAUAAAAUCCAUCAACCUUACCGUAAGACUUUAAUCCCCGGUCUUCCAGAGAUCUUAUCCACCAUCACCUAUGAAAAAUAUGACGGUUUACUCGGUAUCUGUCUCUCGGGAGCAGGUCCUACUAUUUUAGCCUUGGCUACAAAGAACUUUGAUGACAUUGCUCAAGCUGCCAUGGCCUUAUUUAAGGAACACGGCGGCUUUGACUGCUUUUAUAAAGUAUUGGAUGUUGUCACCGAUGGAUCCACCUGUUCGCAAUAUGAUGAUUCUUGCGAUGAUGUGUAUCUAUUUUGUGACCCAGCGAGUGCAACAUGUAAUUAUAAAGGAUGUUCCAAUGCUGAUUUUAUCCAAGGAUGGGAUUUAGCACUUAGACCUUACCCGACCAGAUGUAACGGUUCCACAUAUUGCCCAGACAACGGAUCUCAAUGCUCACCCGUUGUUCCAAUUGGAUCGUCUUGUGAACAGCAAAGAGAUGAUGAGUGUACUGGAACCACUUCGAUUUGUUUGAAUUCGAUUUGUUUUAUUAAAGGCGCGCCACUCGGCGGAAAUUGCGGUGCCGAUACUACAACAUAUACUUCCUACGACGCUGCUGGUGAUGCCAUUCAACAAACGAUUAUCCGAGACAAUUGUACGGAAGGCACUUAUUGUGACUUAGAUGGACGUUUUACCUGUAUUGAUUCCAAGCCAUUACAAUCCUCUUGCCAACAGGAUCGUGAAUGCUUAUCCAACACAUGCUCUUACAACGACGUAUGUAUUACAGGACCCGAUGUAUUCCGUAAAAUCAAAGCAUGGCUUUGGGGUGUUUUAGGUGCGUGUGUGAUUAUAUUUGUUUGCUUUAUUCUGGGCAUUCUCUGGGUCUUGCAUCGUUAUCAAUCAAGGAAGGAACAUGAAAAGAUCUCGAAAUUCUUUGGCGAUAAUGAAGAGUUUGCUAAAUACGCCAUGAUGAACGAAAACGAUUCAGCUUCCUCCUUCACUGAGAUCGAUCCCAAUAUGCCAUUAACCGAUGGUCGAAACAGUGUGGUGUAUCUCACCACACCCGAUUAUCUUAAAUCGCAAUCACUGAGUAACAAAAAAUCAUCUACCACCGCUCUGAACACACAGCGUUCUAAUAAUAACAGCACCUCUCGUUUCUCCACUCACACUCCUCCACCACAACCUCGUGCAAAUACCCCCGAUUUUUAAAUAACAAGAAUCCUUUUUUUUUUUUAUUUUUAUAAUAUUUCAUUAGCAAAAAUGGAAGUAUGGGAAACAUAGUGUAACAAUAAAGUAGUAGAUCCCUCUCUCUUUUUUUUUUAUUAUUAU